CGCCGCCUCCCCCUGACUCCCAGGGCCGUGUCGUCUUUUCAAAACAGCCAAGAUGGCGGCGCUGCGGGCCAGCGGCGUGAAGACGGCAGCGGCGGCCCUCCUGAGGCCUCGCUUGGGCGCCGAGCAGGCCUUGUCGGCCGCAGAAUACCACAAGAAGGUUGUAGAUCACUAUGAGAACCCUAGAAAUGUUGGUUCUCUGGACAAGACUGCCAAAAAUGUUGGGACUGGCCUUGUGGGAGCUCCAGCUUGUGGAGAUGUCAUGAAACUGCAAGUUGAAGUGGAUGAAGAAGGAAAAAUAAUUGAUGCCAGGUUUAAGACAUUUGGCUGUGGUUCGGCCAUCGCUUCCAGUUCUUUGGCUACUGAAUGGGUGAAAGGGAAGACGGUUGAUGAAGCCUUGAAGAUCAGAAACACAGAUAUUGCUAAAGAGCUCUGCCUUCCUCCGGUCAAGCUUCACUGCUCCAUGCUAGCUGAAGAUGCAAUCAAGGCUGCCUUAGCAGAUUACAAGCAGAAACAAGACCCACAGAGUGGCCAGGCUGAGAAGGAUACAGCCAGCGGGUAGCAGGAGUCCUCUGUGGCAAAGCUGACCCUCUCCCAUUCCUCUUUUGCAAGAGGGUGGGCGGAGCGCACCCUUCAUACGCACAGUGUACUAGAACCAUUGGGGUAGCGGGUGGUCACAUCUUGGCACUAAAUGCCUUCUGUCCUUAUUUCCACGUAUCUCUGCACAUAAAAUCUUGUGAUUUCAGCAUUAGAUUAUCUCUGAUCCUUAGCAAAAGAAUCAUCCCAGGCCUUAGCAGGAACACUGAAUAAAAAUAGGUAGAGAGGUGGGCUUUUGUUCCCUACAUGUUUGAGGGGGAAGGGCUUUCUCUGUCAAAAUAAAAAAGUUGCCUGUCUAGGAUUGUUGUUACCUGCAGGCAGCGGUGGGCUGCCCUACCCACCUGCUGGCUAUAGAGGAGAUGGUGUGGUGUGGAGAAGGGCAGAUGAUAAAAUAGACUUUCGUUAAUAAAAUAGGCUGUAGGGCAAAAGAACUGUUCAUUUUUGCAUUACCCUGUUCUCCUUGCCUAACAAAGGAGGCAGCUGACACAAAACCCUGGGCCCAGAGGGGAAAAUGUGGACAACCUUUUCCAUCAUCUUUGGUAUGAUUUUGUUGUGUAGGAGUGGGUUUUGCCUUGGUCAGGCUGUUUAUGCACAAAGUACAGAUUUAUUUUGUGAAUGACAAAUGCUAUAUAAUUGUGUAUUAAAAAAAUACAUGGCUGUUCUUUAA